CACCAAUACUGAUACCCUUCUUCAAUUUUGGCAUUCAUGAAACAACCACUCUUCUUUAUUACACUCACCUCCAUUCUCACAACUCCCCCAUUCCCUCUUCAUUUUUCACAAACACACUCCUUUCCUCUGUUCCCAAAAAUGGCUGAUUCUCCUCUCAAAUGCCUGUGUUUCCUUCUGUUUUUAGACUCUUUCCUUCUUUCAAGUGCUCUGUUUCUCAAAACUUAUGUUGUUCAAAUGGAUAGGUCUGCAAUGCCGGACUCUUUUACCAAUCAUUUUGAGUGGUACUCCAAUGUGCUAACCAAUGUGGUUCUUGACCUUCAAAGAGAAGGUAAUGGUGGAGGAGGUGAAGAGAGGAUCAUUUACGGUUAUCACAAUGUUUUCCAUGGAGUUGCAGCUCGAUUGAGUGAAGAAGAGGUUGAGAAGCUCGAGGAAGAAGAUGGGGUUGUGGCUAUUUUUCCUGAGAUGAAGUACGAGCUUCAUACUACUAGAAGCCCCAGAUUUCUUGGGCUUGAACCAGCUGAUAGCAACAGCGCCUGGUCUCAGCAAAUUGCAGACCAUGAUGUGGUUGUUGGAGUCUUGGACACUGGGAUUUGGCCGGAGAGUGACAGCUUUGACGAUGCUGGAAUGUCGCCAGUGCCGGCGCAUUGGAAAGGGGAAUGUGAAACAGGGAGAGGGUUUACGAAACAGAAUUGUAAUAGAAAGAUCGUUGGGGCCAGAGUGUUUUACCGUGGGUAUCAAGCUGCAACUGGGAAAUUUAACGAACAGUUGGAGUACAAAUCGCCGAGGGAUCAAGAUGGGCAUGGAACUCACACGGCAGCUACCGUCGCUGGCUCUCCGGUGGCCGGCGCAAGUCUUCUUGGUUAUGCUUAUGGAACGGCCAGAGGAAUGGCGCCCGGAGCUAGAAUUGCAGCUUACAAGGUCUGUUGGAUUGGUGGCUGCUUUAGCUCCGACAUUUUGUCGGCUGUUGACAGAGCUGUGGCCGAUGGAGUAAAUGUUCUGUCCAUCUCUUUGGGAGGUGGGGUUUCUUCGUACUAUCGCGAUAGUCUCUCCGUUGCAGCAUUUGGGGCAAUGGAGAUGGGCGUGUUUGUUUCUUGCUCGGCUGGAAAUGGAGGGCCGGACCCUGUCAGUCUCACGAAUGUAUCACCAUGGAUAACUACCGUCGGUGCCAGUACAAUGGACAGAGAUUUCCCGGCCAUUGUCAAGCUCGGCGAUGGCAGAACAAUAACCGGCGUUUCACUUUACAGAGGAAGAAUCACAAUUCCAGAAAACAAACAAUUCCCAAUUGUCUACAUGGGGAGUAACUCGAGCAGCCCUGAUCCGAGCUCGCUCUGUUUAGAGGGAACUUUAGAUCCCCAUUUCGUCGCCGGAAAAAUUGUGAUAUGUGAUCGGGGAAUUAGCCCUCGGGUCCAGAAGGGUGUGGUGGUGAAAAAUGCAGGUGGGAUUGGGAUGAUUCUGUCGAACACGGCGGCAAAUGGGGAAGAACUUGUUGCCGAUUGCCAUUUAGUACCGGCUGUCGCCAUUGGGGAAAGAGAAGGCAAAGCAAUUAAACAGUACGCAUUAACGAAUCGAAGAGCGACGGCGACAUUAGGGUUUUUAGGGACAAGAUUAGGGGUAAAACCGUCGCCGGUGGUGGCGGCGUUUUCAUCUAGAGGACCAAAUUUCCUCACUCUUGAGAUCCUAAAGCCGGAUCUGGUGGCUCCUGGCGUUAAUAUCCUCGCCGCUUGGACCGGAAAAACAGGACCGUCGAGCUUAACGACGGACACAAGAAGGGUCAAAUUCAACAUUCUUUCAGGAACUUCAAUGUCUUGCCCUCACGUCAGCGGCGUAGCGGCUCUAAUCAAAUCGAAGCAUCCCGAUUGGAGCCCGUCGGCGAUUAAAUCCGCACUGAUGACCACCGCUUACGUUCACGAUAACACAUACAAACCUCUGAAAGACUCCUCCGCCGCAUCACCGUCAAGUCCAUACGACCAUGGCGCCGGCCACAUAAAUCCUAGAAAAGCCCUAGAUCCUGGUUUGGUUUACGAAAUUCAGCCGCAAGAUUACUUCGACUUCCUCUGUACGCAGGAUUUAAGCCCAACACAGCUGAAAGUCUUCUCAAAAUAUUCAAACAGAACAUGCCGUGGUCUUCUCCCCAACCCAGGAGACUUGAAUUACCCAGCAAUCUCCGCCGUUUUCCCUGAGAAAACCACCGUCACUUCGCUGACCCUUCACAGAACCGUCACGAAUGUGGGCCCUGCAACCUCCAGUUACCAUGCGGUGGUGAGUCCGUUCAAGGGGGCCACCGUGAAAGUUGAGCCGGAGAGUCUGAAUUUCACAAGAAGGUAUGAAAAGGUUUCUUAUAGAAUAACUUUUGUGACGAAGAAGAGACAGAGCAUGCCAGAAUUUGGAGGGUUGAUUUGGAAGGAUGGAAGUCAUAAAGUGAGAAGCCCCAUUGUGAUUACUUGGUUGUCGUUUGUUUGAAUUUCAGUUAUACGUUUGGUGAUCAAUCCUCAAAGUUGCUCGUUUUGUUAAGAAUUAUUUCGUUGCUGCCACUCGGAAACAUAUGGGAUUUCAAUUUUAUUACUCUCUCCAUGGAACUUCAUGCCUUUUGCAAUUCAAUUUUGCUAUUAUAAUUCCUCA